UACAGGAAGUGACGUCAUUAUUUUUGUUUCAAAAACAUUCGUGUGGAUCUUCAAACAUUUAUCCCUACUAUGAAAUAUUCAGUUCUCUAAAAGACUUUCUCUAGCUGCCAGUCAAUCCACAACUCAGGUUGGCGACGAUUAUGAUAACGCCUUGCGGGUGUAUUGUCGAUGUAACCUGUAAUUCCUCAAGUCCCCAGCCGAAAGGUGAGAGACCUGAAAGCGAGCCACCACUUCGGAAGUUUCCUUCUUAUAGGGCGCACGGUGAGUCGAGAAUAGCGUGGUGAAACGUAAAUGCUGUUGUAUUGUGCACGGCAGACUGAUUAGGGCCACGAUUUUUUCCAAGAUAUCUGCGUGAUUUCUAAUCAUAUUUGAAAAUAGAAUGUUAACAGAGAAGCUGGAUAGUUAUACGCGCUAACUCAGUAAGCCUAACAUCUUGCUAGAAACAAAAUCUUCUGCUAGUUUUGGAAAGAAGACUAAGGAAUGGAAAUCAUCUCAAUCAAAUUGGAUUGGUUUCAACGAUAAUAGAAUUUCUGUAAUCCACAGAACUGAAGAAUGGGUAAUUCAAACUCUAGGUCAGUCACCUUACCCCGGACUCAGUCUUCUGUCUCUUCGAUGUUACAGAAAGAUGAUGCUUAUAUCCGAAACAUGUCAAAGGUCCGGGUAUUUCCACAACCUCCAGGUAGCCAAAUGUUGCGGGCUACAGAAAACGGCAUAUUUCUCCAAAACGAAGGCACCAUAACUGGAAAGAAAGCACAAAGGUCUGUGAAACAAGCGACUGGUGACGUUAACCCAGAGCUUGUAGGUCUUCUCCACAAGCGACUAAAGUUACAAGAAGCCUACUAUCGUGAUUCGUCUGUUAGACGAGGUUUCUUCGGAUCAAAUAAAGCAUACAGCGAUCCAGAUAUUGUACAUAGUAUGUUGAACUGGCACGAUCUUCUGGAUGGCGAAAAGGAUGAGGUCAACAGUAUAUACAAUUCCAGAAGCCUCAUUGCUCUAAGUCCUAGUGAAGCAAAAAUUAAAGCCAGAAAGAAGUCGCAAGAAUUUGGGCGGUUCAAUUCAAGUAGUCUUCCUCGAGAUUUCAACAGCACGCAUCAUCUUGACACAAGAAGAAAUGUUGAUCAGUUUAACAGUCACAAAAAGUCAUUCUUUUCAAAACUGCGAAAUAAUAAUAAAAAUGAAAAGAAGAAAGACGUUCCCGGGUGUGUGCAAAAUCCAGUCAUUCCUACACCUGAUUAUAGCACGGAAUCCGAGGAGCCAAAAAUUGAAGAUGGUGACGAUAAGGGGUAUUAUUCUCAAGAAUUCAGAGUAGAAUCUCGAGUGAGAAAUAGCUACAACGAAAAUGGGAAAAACAAAAAAACGAAACGUAGUUUAUACGAUCUCAAUAAAAAACACAUGCGCGAUGAAGAUGCAAACAAAGCAGGAGUAGAAACCUAUUCGAGCGUUAGUACAAAUUCAAAAAAACAGACACAAUAUGAAGCUUUUAAUAAAGAGUUAUGUACAAACUUCAUAGAAGAUAUUCCACAACGUUCAAACUGUUAUCCAAGAAAUCAGAAUUCAGCCUUCUCAGAGAGCCAGAUUAACAGAAUACAGGAAGAAAGUAAAACUAAUUUUGAUCCCAGAAUAGCACCGAGUUUUGUUAAAGUAUCAAGUCAACCAGUAAUACCGUUUAAAUCAGAGACAACAAAUUCAUCUUGUCCUCAGACCGUGACUACAAACAAUAAAGAUUAUAUCUCAUCUUUUGAUUACCAAGAUAAAUACCAUACUUCAGAAGUUACUAAUAAGGUGAACGUAAAAUAUCGAGAUAAACCUUUAGCUCACAUAAAAAACAUGUCAUUUAAACAAAAUCAAUGUUUACCAGUGCAACAAAAUCAAUGUUUACCAGUGCAACAAAAUCAAUGUUUACCAGUACAACAAAAUCAAUGUUUACCAGUGCAACAAAAUCAAUGUUUACCAGUGCAACAAAAUCAAUGUUUACCAGUGCAUGUCUGUGGGAUAUAUAGUUCUGCAGUCAAAGAAAAAUCUCAACUGAACUUGAAGAACCGGUGUGGUCAAGCGAGUCCUUAUCUCAAUGCUUCAGGACUGUCCUCCGAAUCAAGCCUGUCUGAUGAAGAAGAUAUAAAGAUUAGUGUGAAACUCAAACCCAUUUUACCACGGAAACAGCUCCAACUGCCACGUUUCUCGCCGACUGAAGCCUGGAGAUCUUUAUUCUCUGACGCCCAGCAGUCAGGAGCAAGCAGCGAAGGAGAGGAAGAGGUAAAACUACACCAAAUUAACAGACCUAUGGCUCCACCUAGACUUUUCACAGAUCGUUGUGGAGAUUCCGGAAUUUCCCCAGAUGCUGGAAGUCCAGCAUUAAUGAAUGAUACUUUUGAAGUUUUGUUUUCUGAUAGUAAACAAUGGAAAAGUCUUCAAAAUGGGCCUUUACUCUCUGAAGAAAUACAAGAAUCUUUUACUUUCAAUAAACAACACGAUCCAGUGCAAUGGACUCCUGCACAGGACUUGGAUGAUUCAGAAAGAGAGAGCGAAGAGAGAGAAUUUGAAGGUGUUAUUUCUGCAACUCCAAUUCAACCCAAGCCAGCUUUUCUAAACAACUUGUGUACUGAUCAUUAUAUUUCACGAAAUAUUACCGAAUCUAACGGAAUAAACGUGCCACCGUGUGGCUCACCAGAACCAAUGCACAUUAAAAGCGACGACAAAUAUAAUAAAACUAACAAGAAAAAUCAACAACACUUCAACAGUCUACGCAAUCUAAAAAAAGCUUUCGGAUUUCGAGGUAAGCUCUCAACUUUAGAAUGCGUUAAUAACGUAGAUUCAAACUGGCACCUCAGUCGUAGUGUACCCGAUAACAUUGAUAACACCGAAAAAUCUGAGAUUUCGAAUCUAGAUUACAGACAUUUGGAAAGAAGUUGUCCGGGAUCUCUGGUAGACAAUCCUGACAAGGAACUGCAACAAGGUAAGCUGAUUCCACACAGUGAGAAAGAAUGCAUGAUGUAUCUACCAGGGUAUGGUGUAACAUGCAUGGAGAAACACAGAGACAAUGUCAAAACUUCGACACUUCAGAAGGAAACAAAACCAAUUCAUACUAAAAAGAAAAAUAAAUUUACAUUCCAGGGCACUUUUCGAAAAGAAGAGAAACGUAGAUUAGAAGAAAAAUUAAUAAAUGAGGUUGUAGAAAAGGAAAGACUGCGUGAGGCAGAAAUGGAAUGGAUGAGUAGGGUUGAGGAAGAAUUUCGAAAACAGCGAGACACGGAAAAGCUUAACCUACGAAGUCAGUUACGAGUUUUGAACCAACAUUCUUCAGUGUAUGAACCACAGAAGGAUAAUUCUUUUCGCAACUUUAAGCCAAGGAACGAAUUGCGACCUGAUUCUCAGAAUCUUAACUGUUUUUCAGAAUCCGGUAGUCUGUCAGUUAGCAGUGAGAAAACCAAAGGGUAUGAAGAUGGCAACACAACUAAUGAGCAUUACUACGCCUCUGUGGAUGAUCCAAGAAUUAACAAAAGGCCUACAGGAAUGGGUAAGUGGAUGCUUCGCAACCAACAUGUAAGUGUUAAUACACCAGACCCAUUAAACAUUUCUCAACAGGUUAGAGACAAAAUGAAAUCUGUUGACUUGUACAAACAUGAGCAUCAACUAAAACCACUGUAUUCUGAGGCUAUGAACAAAGACCGGUUAGAAAGCCAGCUACACCGAAAAGACUUUAGGAACAGCACAAAGGUAUCUGAUGUUUAUAUGUUUCAUCCUUCAGACGCAAGACAAGUAAUAAAAUUAGAAAAGUCAAAGAAUCUUUACUUACCGCACACAGCUAGGAACGACAAUAUAAACGAUAAAACGUUAAACCCGACAUACGUUCAAUAUAACAGAAAAGAGGAUUCCCCGUAUUUAAACUCACCAACGAAUAUCGUUUCUCCUAGUAGAGUAGAAAGAGAGAAUAGCCUGACUAAAACCUCAUUGGACAGUUUCGACCUCUCUUCAUCUUUAAGCACAAAUCGUGAUAGACAGUUACCAGAGUCAAAAAACAAUUUCAGCAGAAGAAACAACAGGAAUUCAACACUCGACUUCAAUGGUUUUACCGAACCUCACUCUGAAAAAAUGUUUACAAGGAUUAACCGCAUUGAUUGGAUUUAACAAUCAUAGCCUUUGCUGUAAAACUGAAAUCCCAAGGCCUACCUCUGCCACUGUGUGUGUGGUAGACAAAACUUGUCCUGAGAAUAGUAAAGACGCAACGUCAUCACUGAAUCCUGACAGCUCAUUCCUCCGAACCAACAGCUUGAGAGACUUUGAAUUUGAGCUCAAAGAAGAAUGGCGUAAAGAAAUAACGUUAAAACUUGAAAUAUAUUUCCUAAGGAUAUCAAAGAAAGAGCUUUUACGACUGUGGCUAUUUUUGGGAACAGUAGUUUCAAUAAAGUUUGCUAAAAAGAGUUUUUAUCUGAUUAUACCAGAUGAUCGAGAACCAUUACAAAAUUGGCCGAGCAAUGGCUAAAAAGGCCUAAUAAACGAAAACUUGUUGUAGGUAACCAAGGAAACUAAUGGUAGAGUUCACGCAGUACAGGCAUUCUCUGAUUCUACUUACGCUGUCUCCAGUUGAUAGUUAAGUAAAUACAAAUAUAUUCUAGAUGUACUUGCGCAGGGUCCCCGAAAGUGUUCUCUUUCAAGAGUAAAUAAAACCAAAAUUAAGAGUAA